GUCGCUCUAACACACCCGGCUACGUAAUGUUGCACGUAUUUACCUUGCAGAGAGACUGUAGAAACUCUACACGUGUAUGAGCUAAAUGUUUGUUUUGGUGUCUUAAAAUUCUUCAUUUAAUCGAUUUGAUCUGCGAAGGAUUCAUGCAAGGCUAUAUCGACUGUCACUGUCACAUCUCUUCGAGAGAUUUUGAUGGUGACAUUGAUUGUGUUAUUGAGCAAUCAAAAAAGGCUGGAGUGCUGGCUCUUGUUGCAGUAGCAGAGCAUGCUGGGGAGUUUGAGAAGAUCAUACAGCUUUCACAGAGGUUUCCUGGAUUUAUCUUGCCUUGCCUUGGAGUUCACCCUGUUCAAGAAGAUCCAGCACAACCCAGGGGGGCAUUACCACAGGAUUUAGAUUCUGCUGUGCCUUUAAUUGAAAAAUAUAAAGAGCACAUUGUGGCCAUUGGUGAGGUUGGCCUUGAUUUCACACCCCGGAUAGUCAGUACUGAUGCAGGGAAAGAGCUACAGAGACAAGUACUCAUUCGUCAAGUAGAGAUUGCAAAGCAACUAAAUCUACCUCUAAAUGUCCACUCAAGAUCUGCUGGAAGACCAACCAUCCACCUUUUAAAGGAGCUAGGUGUAGAGAAUGCUCUUCUUCAUGCAUUUGAUGGAAAACCUUCAGUUGCAAUGGAGGGUGUACGUGCAGGCUACUUCUUUUCUAUACCACCAUCGAUUGUAAGAAGUGAACAGAAGCAGAAACUUGUGAAACAGUUGCCGCUAGAAAAUAUGUGUCUGGAAACUGAUUCACCAGCCCUUGGACCUGAAAAGCAGGUGAGAAAUGAACCAAAGAAUAUCACCAUUAGUGCAGACUAUAUUGCCAAAACCAAAGGCAUUCCUGUGGAAAAGGUCAUGGAAGUCACCACUCUCAAUGCUCUUCGUCUUUUCCCCAAGCUGAAGUCAUUUAUCAGUCAUUUAUGAUUGUGAUGAAAAGGCCUCUACGAAUGAUCAAGAUUUAUAUAAUACGCUGCACUGUAUAUAAUUGGGCAAUGACACAAUGUUUUAUUGUUUUGGCUCUUAGCUUCAGUGCAUUAAAUUUUAAAUGAAACUUUGACAAAGAAGUUGUAGACUGUAGAUUUAAUUACAGGGUUUAUGUGUCUCACAGCCUCGUAAAGGUUAUAUAAUGCCAUUUAACCUUAGUGAGUGUUUCAAGUUAAAUAAAAUGUGCUGGCAUAGAGAAGCAAAACAAAAAAAAUGCAUACAGACUGCAAUGGGUCUGUGUUAAAUAAAUAAUGAUUAAUUUGUGCACAGGCAAUGGGAGUAUAAAGAUUGAUAUAAGUUGUGUUGCACCAGGUUUAAACAAAAAUAAAGACCUAGUGUGAGUGCAAAUAUAAUUUAUUAGAGAUUAAAAGAGAGCAAACGUACACCAGGAUGUGACCAUGCUACAUGUUUUAGAUGCAUACAGACUUACAGUUCCUUUCAUUUGAACAAUGAUGCCUUUUUAUUGUUUUUGCAUAUGUACUCCUGCACAAUCACUAUGAGGAUAAAGAGCAGGAUAUAAACUUUACAACGCUGCAAAUCCUACGUGAUUCACCUGAUUUGGACACAUAAACCCUAGAGAUAAGCAACAUACAUUUUAUGAGGUUAAUUAAAACCUAAUGGUAAAACUUUU